GAAUCAAAAUGUGCCUACGUAAUUACUGUCAUGGCAAUACUCUGGCUCACAGAGGCUAUUCCAAUCCCAGUUACAGCCCUGAUCCCUAUCUUUCUGUUUCCGCUGUUGGGAGUGGUGGCCGCCGCAGAUGUUAGUAACUCAUAUAUAAAGGAUACAACUAUGUUGUUCCUAGGGGGACUCAUUGUUGCCGUAGCAUUAGAAGAAAGUCGUCUGCAUAUAAGAAUAUCUCUGUGUGUAAUGAUGAUAGUUGGUGCUCAACCAAUAUUUUUAAUGGCGGGACUUAUGGCAACCACGUGGUUCCUGUCCAUGUGGAUAAGUAACACAGCAGCGACAUCUAUGAUGAUUCCAAUUAUUGAAGCUGUAUUGCAGAACAUGGAAGAUGUUCGGAAAAUGUCUAAACGCGGAGAACUCCGUCGUGUUGCGAAGGCAUUUGCUCUGAGUGUUGCGUACGGAGCAAACAUUGGAGGGAUUGCAACACUGACCGGCACCCCACCAAACUUGGUACUUAAACAGGAAGCCGAUAAGAUGCGGGAAAUACAGGUUUUAACUGUUUUUAUUAGCCUCGUUUGUCUGUGGUUAUUUAGAGCACCUCCUAAUAUUACUGGAUGGGGAAACUUUUUUUUUUUCAGAUUUGUCUCAGAUUCUACACCAUGUAUUUUGCUCAGCGUUCUUUUAUUUCUACUUCCGGCGGAAAAGCCAAAGGUUUUCUGGCUAGCAAAAGACGACAGACCAUCAUAUGUGCCUCUGAUAGACUGGAAAUCGGUCAGCCAGAAGCUUCCGUGGGGUGUAAUAGUUCUGCUUGGUGGUGGGUUUGCCAUUGCAGAUGCAAGUAAGAGUUCUGGACUGUCAAGAUGGGUCGGAAAUGAGCUGAAAGUCUUUGCAAGUAUGGAAAGUUGGGUUAUGAACAUAGUGAUAUGUUUUAUCGUCGCUGGCGCCACUGAAGUUACAAGUAACACUGCCACAGCCACACUGCUCAUGCCAGUGCUCUCUGAACUGGCAAUUCAAACGAGCAUUCAUCCAUUGUACUUGAUGAUGUCAGCCACCGUUGCGGGUUCCUUUGCGUUCAUGUUACCGGUUGCAACACCACCUAACGCCAUCGUUUUCUCUUCAGGGUACCUCACUAUACCAGAUAUGGCACUGGCUGGGCUUCCAAUGAACAUUAUUGCUGUACUGUGUCUCACAUUGGGAAUUAAUACGUGGGGAUCCUCAAUGUUCCAGCUGGAUACCUUUCCAGAGACGUUCAACAUGAAUAUUACAAUGACUAACAAGUAG